AUGAAAGUGAGAACAGAACAUAUGAUAAUGAUCCUCUACAAGGCUAAGGAGUUCAUUGUUUACAGGAUACAGUGCAGCUUCGGCAGUGUCAAGUCCCAAGUUUAUUUAAAGUGCAUUUAACAGGAGUCACAACACACUUUACAUUAAAAAGAGAAACAAAACAUAGCAGAAAGAAGGGGAGCGAGGUGAACAAUAUCUACCACAGUAGAAAGACUAUACAGGAAGUAGAAGCCACUUCAGCAGUCUCUUCUUCUAUUAACCUGCUCUCCUUCCACAGUGUUCCGAUAGGGCGCUGAACCGAGCCGCACCAUGAAGACCCAGAAGGCCGGGGCCCCAGGGGGCCCAACGCCAAGCUCUCCCUCCCCACACCAACGGAUGUCUGGUUUCAGCCUGCGGGGCCGGAAGAAGAAGGAGGGCCUUAUCCAAGGCAAGCUGCGGAUCCGCUCCAUGCCAGGAGCCUUCCUGGUGCUGGGGGUCAUUGUGGUGGUGGUGGGCACGGCCCUGGCAGUGGCUGGGUACUGGCCCUACCGGACCCACCGAUCAUCACAGCUCCUUGGACUUGGACAACAAGGCUCUGGUUCUGUGGACGGGGCAGCAGGAGGUGGAGGUGGGGGUGUCUCUGAGCCCCAGUCAUCCGGUUGGAGACUCCUGACCACGGCCAGUCUGAUCCACAGUGAGAGGAUGAAGCUCCUGGGACCGGUCAUCAUGGGCGUGGGGCUGUUCAUCCUCAUCUGUGCCAACACGGUGCUGUACGAGAACCGCGACAGGGAGACCCAGAUGCUGCUGGCCCAGAUGCGGAGCGUCAUCUGCUCGGUGUCGGCGGCCGUGCCCUCGGCCGACCUCUCAGACAUGGCAGCAGCCAACUCCAUGGCCAGACACUACCAGUGGGUGAGCAGUCUGCCCGCCGCCCACCUUAACAUCCUCUAUCUGCAGCAGCUGGCCAGCUCAGAGCCCCUGCUGCAGACGACCAGAGACAGCAGGCAGGAGGACAGGGCAGCUGACUGUACGUACCAGCAGGCCACCUUACAGACAGAGGCUCUACACCACCAGGAGUCAGCCUCCACCCCUUCCCUCCACUCCUCCCACUCCAACUCCUGCAACUCCAGCAAGACGGACUUCAACACGCGAUGGGGUGGUGGUGGUGAGCCAGGGGUAGGGGGCUCCAGCCCAGACUCACAGCCCGCUCACCUCUUUAAACUCAACAACUGCCUGGUGUCAGCCAGCUCCAUGUCCACUCUGGGAGGGGAUGACUGGGAGAGGUCGGAGGUCACAGCCAUGCUGCCCAGGCGCUCCCACAGUCUUAGCUACAGGACUAACCCCGGCCCUCACAGGCCCCAGACUGUAAUAAGUCUACAGGAAGGGGUCAUGCGGCCCGGGGGACCCACAGAUAGUGCAGCCCAAGCCCAUGUGGAGGUGUGUGUGAACAUGGUUGGGUGUGGAGGUGGAGGUGUGGAGCCCCCGGAGCUCACACCCGUAGAGGAGCAGAGGCACCGCAGCUGGCCCCGGUUAGACCUGGGCUGUGCCCGCAGGUACCUCAAGCUGGACAAUAAGGAGGACUCGGUGGACAGACUGCUUGACCAGUUGGAGCAGCAGUGUUCUCUGUGGGAUAAGAGUUUCGGUUCAGGGCCUUUCCAGUGA